AUGAUCUUAUCUAACGAACAGAAACAGAUGCACUGGACUACAAGUAGCUCGAAGAAACGGCAGCAUACAGGUGAUGAUUCCACUGUGUCAGGUUUGGCCUUUGAACCAGCUCGCAAGCUGGGUGCCGAUGACUUGAACAAAAACAUCAUCGAUGCCGAGUAUGCAGUGAGAGGCGCUAUCCCAAUGAAGGCGGAGGAGUUGGAAAUACAACUCUCUCAACAACCUGAUUUACUACCCUUUAACGCUAUUACCGUCGCUAACAUUGGUAACCCACAACAGCUAGACCAAAAGCCACUUACUUUUUCAAGACAAGUGGUUUCAAUCUUGCAGUACCCUCCACUGUUGGAUUACGAGGAACAGUUGGUUACCUCCGGUGCUUACAAGCGUGACGCCUUCAAACGUGCUGCGGUUCUUUUGGAACAGAUUGGUGGCUCUGUCGGUGCAUACUCGUUGGCACAAGGUGUGUACGGGAUUAGAGAGAGCGUGGCCGACUUCAUCACUAGGAGAGACGAAGGUGAGACAGCUUCACCAGAUGAUAUCUUUUUAACAGACGGUGCCUCGAAGGCCGCGACGUAUUUGUUGUCCAUUCUUUGUAGGGACUCGUCCACUGGUAUCAUGAUCCCCAUCCCACAGUACCCGCUGUACACUGCGUCCAUUACCAUGUACAACUCAGUCAUGUUGCCAUACUACCUGGACGAGGAGUCCGGGUGGUCCACAAAGGCUGAGGAGAUUGAACAGCAGGUGAUCGACUCGAUAAAGCGUGGUGUGACGCCAAGGGUCAUUGUUGUGAUCAACCCGGGGAACCCCACAGGCGCUGUGUUGUCGUUCGAUACCAUUGCACAGAUACUCACCAUUGCUGCAAAAUACGGGAUCGUUGUCCUGGCGGAUGAGGUGUACCAGAACAACAUCUACAAGGGGGUCAAGUUCCAUUCCAUGAAGAAAGUUUUGAGAUCAUUGCAGAGGGACCACCCUAACGGCGAGUACGACAAUGUGCAAUUGGCCUCCAUGCACUCCACAUCGAAGGGUGUCUCCGGUGAGUGUGGCCAAAGAGGUGGUUACAUGGAGCUUGUCGGAUUUUCCAAUGAAGUAAGACAGGUCAUCUUGAAGUUGGCCUCAAUCUCUAUUUGCUCUGUGGUCACGGGGCAAGCACUGGUAGAUUUGAUGCUUAACCCACCAAGAGAGGGGGACGAUUCGUAUGAAUUGGACGUUCGUGAACGGAAGGAAAUCCACAACAACAUGAAGACGCGUGGGUACCUACUUUACGACACUUUCCAAAAAUUGGAAGGUAUCGAAUGCCAGGAACCACAGGGCGCCAUGUACUUGUUUCCUAAACUGCUACUCUCCAAGAAAGCGAUAGAGGAGGCCAAGAGCCUCGGGCUGCAGCCGGAUGAAUUCUACUGCCAUCGCCUAUUGGACACAACCGGAAUAUGCACAGUACCAGGAUCUGGUUUUGGCCAAAAGGAGGGGACGUACCACGUCAGGACCACGUUCCUGGCACCGGGCACCCAGUGGAUCAAAGACUGGGAAACGUUCCACAAAGCAUUCUACGACAAGUACCGUGACUGA